UCAAGAAGAAAACAAAGCAGACCUCAACAUGUCGAAUUCGAUGAGAAAGGAUCUGCAUAUUUAUACCGGGAGGGGGAUUUCUCCCGCACAUAGUUAUCUCCGACAGAAUCCGAACCUGCGAACCAGAGCAAGAAGUGCGGGGCGAGAAUUUUGCACCCAACGACAUUCGAGCUCAUAUUUCCUUGAAGAUUUGAAGGCGCUUCUUCUCAUUGUGUUGUCGCUGUCGCUUCUUUUGUGGUUUCCUCCACUAUUGAUGAGUUCCCGUUUACCACGGCUUCCUUUUUAUAUGCCUGGUACAGAAUUUGCGAUUACGGAUAAUAAAAUUAGGUUAGCUGUGUCACCAUCACGACCACAGAUCAAGCUGGAAUCGGUAGAGGAGAAGAGAGCUGUGAAGACUUUCGAAAUGACGCCUACUACUUCCAAUGAAAGCGUAAACUUGACGCAAAACGCGCCAUCUUCGGUUGCAAGUCAGCGUGACAUGUUAAGUAACGGAUACGUGAGCCCAGUGGAUAAAAUGACAGACUGCGACUCAGUGGUUGAAUCAUUGCCGGGAAACAAUUCACCAAUUCCCGCAGAAAGACCAGGAAUGACCAAAACAACCAAAAGUGCAUCUUGUGGUAGUUUGAGCUCAAGUUCACCCGUACUUUCCCACCAAACAAAUCGAUGCAGAAGAGUUUCUGCAGGAACUGUCGAUUUUACAAAAGUAAAAACUGAAUAUUCUUCGAUGAAUACUAAUGAACUACACAUCGCAGGUGAAAUACAAAAUGGAAGCAGAAACGAGACACAAUUAUCACCUUUCCGUGCCAAUGGGAAUGCAGACGAAGAAAGCCCAAAACGAAUGCAUAGUCCAAAUAGUGAGCAAAUACCCAGAAAACAAUUAUAUCAACGCCAUCAUAGUGCAGCAGAUUUAUUCAACACUCCUAUGAUAGCACUAGAACGCAAGCACGAAUGUUCGAAAUGUGGCAUCACAUUCCGAAACAAAGACACGUAUGAAGUUCACAGCAAGCAUUAUUGUAGCGGGAAAAGGCGAGACAUUCAAUGUCAUUUAUGCGAAGCAAAAUUUGACGACGAAAAACGUUUACAGAUACACAUGGAGGUCCAUUCUUUGCAAUACAUUUGCUUAUUAUGCAGUCAGCGUAUGCCAACUCCAGCAACUUGUCAGAACCACAUGCAACUUCACGCUGAGAAUUUAAAAGUCGAACAACCUAAAGAUGGAUUGCUACCUUGUCCUUCAUGCGAUUUAACGUUUGGACAAAAAUCUGAUCUCGUUUUACAUUUAUGCUCCCAACAUGUAACAGUGGGUAACUUGCCACAAUUUCUUUAUCCUCCUAUCAUCACAAAUCCAAUGGAUCAACCCUCAUCGUCGUCUCUACAACAACAAGUAAUCAACAGGAGUUUGAGCGAAAACAGCAAUGAUUCAUCUUCCCGUGAUAUACAUAAGACACCACCACGAGAUAAUUUAGAUGAUGUUGAUUUGCACAACAUUUCACCACCUGUUAUUACUUCAACUCCAUCACGACCGACUGGCGAUUCGAUAAUAAAUUCUGUUCCAGUUUCACAAAACGCAUUCUCAUGUAUUGUUUGUGGACUUGGAUUUCCCGACGUAAUUACUUUGCAGCGACAUUUAUUGACUACACAUACAACUUUGACAUCACAGAAAGCACCGUCACCCCUUCAACCCCCUCCACCACCAAUGAAGCCCCCACAGAGACAGACAAACAGACUGAAUUGUCGUAAGGUUUCGACUGUAUCCGCACCACAGUUGUCUCUUUUGUCCGGCUCAGUUUCGCCCGCAUUUAGCAGAGCAAUGCAACCCAAAUUGGAGUUACCCAAAACGUCAACUUCGCCUGCAGAAGCCAACCGCUAUAGCCCAGAUAGCAGCGAAGAUGUUCGUAACAAAAAACGAAAAGAAAGCUCAAAUAUGCAAGAGAUGGAUAAUGGAGACCAAUUACACCAAGGACUGAAAAGAGCAAAGAGAGAUGUUAGUUUCCUACGUGCAAAACCAGAAGCCAGUCUGAAAGUUGCAAACGAUUCUUUUGAAACACGCAGAGUGUCAUGUCCAGCGGUCGCCAACAAAAUGUUAGCAGCUGAACAGUUAGGAUUAUCGGCGGCAUUGUUUGGCGGACCUUCAGAGGAAGAACGCAAUUGCAUUCAAUGCGAUAUACGAUUUUCAAGCGCUGCUAACUAUCGUGCACACAAGAAAUAUUACUGCGCAAGUCGGCAUAUGCACAAAGUCAGCGACGAUGGACAAAUUGGAUUCCUUGCGCCGCAUCCACAAUCAGACGAUUUACCUGAAUCGACCGAAUUUUUGUCAACCAAAUCCAGAAAGCGCAACGCAGGAAAUCGUUCCAGCAUGACGUACAGAAAAAGGUCUCAUCUUACGCCGUUGGAAACAGUACGGAAUUCACCACCGUGUCAAGAAGCAAGCAGCUCGACAGUCAAAAUGAAUUCAGUUAGAAAAUCGUGCCCAUCUCACCUUGAACCAACUGACACUACAGCUUCAAAAAGCCCUUCACCGAACAGGGAAAAUUCGCCGAAUCCAGCACUCCAGGUGACAAAGAAACAUUUAUGUCAGGAAUGCAAUAUAUGGUUCUCAAAAUACGACACAUACAUGGCUCACAAAAAAUACUACUGCGAGAGUCGUAGAAAGGAUCGCGUCAGUGUUAGAUCGCUGCACGCAUCCACAAAAAUACCUCUCAAACGCAAAUCGGAAUCCAAUUUACGAGAGUCAAUAGCGAGAUCUGGAAAUUCACUUUUUGUACCAGAACAUAUAUCCUGGAGUCCACAAAGAAGCACUCCGUCUACUGAUCCCGAAGAUGAUCGUUCAACUAUGCCUAAUCAGUUGGAUCCUUCAUCGAAAAUAGAAAGGAAACUUUCCUCAGCGAGUGAAAACACAUCCAUGCCUUUUCCAAUGUAUGGUCAAAUGGAUCCUGAUAUGCUGGCGAGGAUAUCAUUUAUGCAACCUUUAAUAUUAAACCAAUAUCUUACCAUGCUACGGGAGCGCAUGGCCCAAGGUAUCCAGAACACUGGUCUUUUGUUCCCGACUUUACCAUUUACAAACAUCCCUGCCACAAGAAGCUUGACGCCCACAGAAACAACCCGCAAAAGUUCUACGGACGAAACUCGUAAUGGGCGUUUAUCCACAAGCCCGUGUAGUUCAAACACAAAGCCCCAAUCGUCAAAUGCAAGACCGACAAGACAAAGUUGUGUGGCGGCUAUCAAUGUUAAAAAAGAGCCUAUUGAUAAUAUACGCCUAUCACCGGAAAAUAGAAUUACUCCGCGUCUUCGUGCUUCUCCUCUGGAUCUCAGUAACAAAUUGGAAGAAUCUCAUUUGCUGUCAACUUCACGCUCGUCACCAAUGCCUCCUUAUCCCACAAUCGAUUUGCGAACUACGGCUCUUGCCAUUGUGAAACAAGAGCCCAAAUCUGACUUUCCGUCUACGGAUUCAUUGAAUAAUAAAACGUCCGAAUCUGGUCUAAACAUAGACAAUGACAAUAACAGCAACAAUAAGGCGGAGGCGAGCAGACCAAAUUCGAGACCAGAAAUAAGAAUUUCUAAUAGUGAAGGUUUCGUCUCUGUUACAUCACAGGAAAAAGACGAUGUUCCAAAUUCAGCUCAAAAAUCUCGCGCCCAACACUGCAAAAAUUGCGAUGCUCGUUUUACCAGUCUUUCCACAUUUAUUGCUCACAAGAAAUAUUACUGUUCGGGUACGAACAACGGUGGAUUAAUUCGCAAUGAUGCGAAGGCAGCACAAAUGGCUCACUAGUUUUUGCGUUGAAAAGUGUGUCUAUUUUUCUUAAUUGCUUUUUUUUCUGAGAUAAAAUUUUGUUUUAAAAUAUAAUCGGAAUCAAAUAUGUAAAA